AUGGCGGCUACCAGAGUGAUAGUGUCCGCAAGCAGCACUGUCACCACUUCCUUGUUGAAGAAAACCCCAUUGCGAGCACCCACUCCCAGUUUCAGCCUCUGCUUCAACUAUGGUAAAAAUGGGCAUGUCCUUCAAAAGCGCCGCCUUUUUACUUGCAAGUCUAUAUACAACCCACAAGUUCAGAUCAAAGAAGAUGGCCAGCCUGAAACCCUUGACUACAGAGUGUUUUUCCUUGAUAAUUCUGGCAAAAAGAUAUCUCCUUGGCACGAUAUUCCUUUACACCUAGGUGAUGGUGCUUUCAACUUUAUUGUUGAAAUUCCAAAAGAAUCAAGUGCAAAGAUGGAGGUUGCCACUGAUGAGCAGUUUACCCCCAUAAAACAAGAUACAAAGAAGGGAAAGCUUCGAUACUAUCCGUACAACAUUAAUUGGAAUUAUGGUUUACUUCCACAAACAUGGGAGGACCCGUCAUUUGCAAAUGCCGAUGUAGAGGGAGCAUUUGGAGAUAAUGAUCCUGUUGAUGUUGUUGAGAUUGGAGAUAGGCGUGCUAAUAUCGGCGAGGUCUUAAAAGUGAAGCCUUUAGGUGCUUUGGCAAUGAUUGAUGAAGGUGAGCUUGACUGGAAAAUUGUUGCGAUCUCACUGGAUGAUCCAAGAGCUUCACUUGUCAAUGAUGUGGAUGACGUUGAGAAGCAUUUCCCGGGCACUCUUACUGCAAUAAGGGACUGGUUCAGAGACUACAAAAUCCCUGAUGGGAAACCUGCUAACAAGUUUGGUCUUGGAAAUAAAGCUGCAAAUAAGGAAUAUGCACUUAAAGUCAUCACUGAAACCAAUGAAGCUUGGUCUAAUCUUGUGAAAAGAUCGAUCCCAGCUGGCGAGCUCUCACUCGUCUAA